AAAAAUUUUGAAGAUAUAAUUUAAAAAAAAAAUCAAAGAUUUUCAGUGCUGACUCCAUUACUUUUCCUUGCUGUAUUAUUGAAGACCUUUGGACUUGCUGACAACCUUGAUCUGGCUCUUGAACCCUGGACUAACUUUAGAUAUGUCAAUUGUGGAUCUGAUUAAUAGUUCUAUUUUCUCUCUCUUCUAUCAUUCCUUCUUUUCAUUUCUUUGUCUCUUAUUUUACUGCACUAUUUGUUAAUGAAUAACAUAAUAUUCAUCAAAGUAUGAAUUUAGUCAAUAAAACCCUUGUAUCUGAAUUCAUUCUCCUGGGAUUUCACACCAUUCGUUCAAUUGAGAUUGUCAUCCUCAUUCUUUUCUUCUUUGCAUAUGCAUUAAUUAUUACAGGAAAUGUCACAUUAAUUAUAUUAGUGGUGGUCAAUCAUCAUCUUCAGUUGCCAAUGUAUUUUUUAUUGGGUAACCUCUCAUUCCUUGAACUUAUGAUCACAUCAACUGUAGUGCCUAAAAUGCUAAUAAAUAUGAUCACAGGGAAGAAGACAAUCUCCUUUGUGGGUUGUCUUACCCAAUCAUUUUUCUAUUUUCUGAUGGGAUCAACUGAAUUUUUUAUAUUGGCUGUCAUGUCCAUUGACCGUUACCUUGCAAUUUGUUACCCAUUGCACUAUGCUUUGAUUAUGAACAAUAAGACUUGUUUCCAGUUUUUAUUGGGGUCAUGGGUUGGUGGUUUCAUGAUUAUUUUAAUUCCCAGCAUUGUGACAGCUGGAUUACCAUUCUGUGGCCCAAAUAUUGUUAAUCACUUCUUCUGUGAUAGUGCACCUUUACUCAAAUUGGUCUGUAGUGACACAUCGCUGGCUGAAAUUAUUGAUUUUGGGACUUCUUGUAUAUUACUCUUGGGAUCACUUUUUGUAACCACUGUAUCUUACAUGUAUAUUAUUAUUACUAUAAUGAGAAUACCUUCAGCACAAGGUCGCCAGAAAGCCUUCUCAACCUGUGUAUCUCACAUCACUGUGGUAACUCUAUAUUACGGGAGUUCUAUAUUUAUUUAUGUCCGCCCAACCAAAGAAAAUGUGCUUGAUUUUAACAAAAUGGGCACUGUGCUGAACACAAUAGUGACCCCCAUGUUGAAUCCUUUCAUAUACAGUCUUAGGAAUGAGAAAGUGAAGGUUGGGCUAAGAAAUGUCCUGAAAUGUUAAAAAAUAUAAACAAAGUCAAGAAAUAGCAAUAAAAAAUCCAACACAGUACAGUAGCAUAAUGAACAAUUGAUUUCACAGUAUAACAAUAACAAUAACAACAAUAAUAUUAGAAGGGACUGUGGAGAUCACCUAGUCCAACCCCCUGCCCAGGAGGAAACCCUAUACCAUUUCAGACAAAUGGCUGUCAAAUCUUUUCUU